AUGUUUACUGAAGCCAAGGAGGAAUAUGAAAAUCAAUUAAAAGAAAGAGGAGAAGAAGUAACGGCAGAAGCAAUGUCGAUAUUUUAUAAAGACUUUUUAAAUAAGGCUUAUGACCGUCAUAUGGAAUACAAUCGUACUUGGUGGAAACUAAACAUUAUUCAAUUAUACCCCGGAUUUAAGGCCGCUAUUCGGUUAUUGAAAAAAUCAUCACCACAGCAACAAAAAAAUGAACAUAAUUUUUGGGAAAAAAGCUUUGAAUCAUAA